AUGUCGAAACGCCCGGCUGAUGACAAUGAGAACGGCGGCAUCGCCUUAAAGAAAGGGGAGCGCCCUGAAAAGCCAGAUUUUGAUGACGAAGUGGGGGAAUUUGAGGAUGAGUUCGAGGAUGAAUACGAGAGUGAGGAUGAGAUUUUGGAAGCGGGCGUAGAUGGCAGACCUGAUGAGGAGAGAGAGGCGGAUGAAAAAGCUGAGGCUAUGGAUGUAGAUCAACAGACAUUCAUAGUGGGCAGGAAUAAACUCGAGCCUGGUCAGACUCUAUCCCCGGAUCUCUCGACUUACGAAAUGCUACACGCUCUAAGUACACCAUGGCCUUGUCUUUCCUUCGACAUUGUCAAAGAUAACUUGGGGGAUAACCGGAAAACCUACCCCGCCACCAUGUACGCAGUUGCUGGAACACAGGCAGACAAUAAACGAGAAAAAGAAAAUCAAUUGAUGGUUAUGAAGUUUAGUGGCCUAAGCAGAAUGGAGCGAGAGCAUGAUGAGGACUCGUCGGAUGAUGAGGAUGAAGACGCAGAUCCGAUUCUAGAAUCAGCUUCUAUACCACUUACCUCCACCACCAACCGGAUUCGAGCACACCAGACACCAGCUUCGGAUUCGUCACGGCCGCCUAUAACAUUAACAGCUUCAAUGACCGAAGCCGGCCAGGUUCUCAUUCACGAUGUUACCCCUCACCUUGCUUCAUUUGAUACCCCCGGCACAGUCAUCACUCCACAACAAAACAAACCCCUAUCCACGCUUCGCAUGCAUAAGUCGGAAGGCUACGCCGUGGACUGGUCACCGCUCGUAUCCACAGGCAAACUGGUUACAGGAGAUAAUAACGGUAUGAUAUAUGUUACUACACGAACCGGAGGCGAAGGAUGGGCAACCGACUCUCGUCCGCUUACAGGCCACACGGGAAGCGUUGAAGAGUUACAGUGGAGUCCGUCAGAAAAGAAUGUGUUUGCAUCUGCAUCCAGUGAUGGCACCAUCAGAGUCUGGGAUGUACGGAGUAAAAGCAGAACGGCAGCUCUCACUGUCCAAGUCAGCGAAACAGACGUCAACGUUAUGUCUUGGUCUCACCAAACAAGUCAUCUUCUGGCUUCUGGAGCAGACGAUGGUGUUUGGGCAGUUUGGGACUUACGGCAAUGGAAGCCUAACACUGCAUCGUCGGCACCUUCAAAACCAACUCCCGUAGCGAGCUUCAAUUUCCACAAGGAACAAAUCACGAGUGUGGAGUGGCAUCCUACAGACGACAGUAUUGUUGCAGUUGCAGCUGGUGAUGAUACCUUGACGUUGUGGGAUCUGGCGGUGGAACUUGACGAUGAAGAAAGCAAAGAUACUGGUGGUGUCUCUGAGGUGCCCCCGCAACUGCUCUUCGUCCACUAUAUGAAAAAGGCCAAGGAAUUGCACUGGCACCCUCAGAUCCCAGGCUGUGUGAUCGGAACAGGCGAGGCUUUUAAUGUGUUUAAAACGAUCAGUGUGUAG